CGGCAUCAUGUAAUCUCUCUAAUACACCCUCUAAACAGCAACUCCAUUGCGUAGCAUUAUCUCUGGCACAAAACACAAACGCACUUCCCUGUAGCGUGCGAUUGAUAGAGUUUUCAAUGCAAUCUUCCUGCAAGCUCAUGCUGAUAAGCAAUCAAUAUUUCUCUAUACCGUCCAAUCCGCCAGUGGAAGGUGGGCCCCAUUUAUUGAUUGCCAAUUUGAGACUUUGACUUAGAUUCAACCGUUACAGCAGCAGCUGCCGACAGGAAAGGUAACACAGCAAGCGAAUGAUUUAACUCAAUUAGUUUCCCAUAAUAUCCCAUUGGCACUUUGGCACACACAGAGAGAAGUCGUGGGAAAAGGAAGGAUGCCAUAAUAACGGAAACUGCAAACUCAAUUAAAUCACGACCGAUCGGUGUAUUCGGUGUCCUUUAUAAAGUGUUGAGAACCGAAAACAGACGUGUGUGUGUGUGAGAACGCUUUUGAGUUCACAUGUAAUAGGCUAAUAUUGAGCCUCUCUCUACUACUACCGUUGUUGCUGAGUGUCCCCAUGAUAGAGAGUGCAGUACAGCAUCCCAGACAGUUGUGCCGCGUCCAUCGUAGAAGAGAAAAGUGUCCGCGCCUUUUUGUGUGUUUGUCAGCGAUUGUCAAGAGCCAUAAGCGUCAUUUGGAAGCUUCUGAAUAUAUUUUACUUUUACCAUUUGUUAACUAAUUUUAUCAAGAUGCCUGUGCCGUGUGAAACGAGAACCGAAAUGCAGGCGCCAGAGUUCAAGGACUUUGCGAAGGAGAUGGUCGAUUACAUCUCCAACUAUCUCGAGAACAUCCGCGACAGGCGUGUUCUGCCGACCGUUCAGCCCGGCUACCUGCGGCCACUGAUUCCGGACGAAGCGCCGCAGCAGCCGGAAAAGUGGGAAGAGGUGAUGGCCGACGUUGAGCGCGUGAUCAUGCCCGGUGUGACGCACUGGCACAGCCCCAAGUUCCACGCCUACUUCCCGACGGCCAACUCCUACCCGGCGAUCGUGGCCGACAUGCUGAGCGGUGCGAUCGCUUGCAUCGGUUUUACUUGGAUUGCCAGUCCUGCCUGUACCGAGCUGGAGGUGGUUAUGCUUGACUGGCUGGGCAAGAUGCUGGACCUGCCGAAGGAGUUCCUGGCCUGCUCCGGUGGGCAGGGUGGCGGUGUCAUUCAGGGCACGGCCAGCGAGGCAACGCUGGUCGCGUUGCUCGGCGCUAAGGCGAAGGCGAUGAAGCGCGUCAAGGAGGAGCAUCCCGACUGGGACGAUAAUACGAUCGUGUCGAAGCUGGUCGGAUACACAUCCAAUCAAUCCCACUCCUCGGUGGAGCGUGCCGGACUGCUCGGCGGUGUGAAGCUGCGCGGCCUGAAGGCGGACGAAAAUCUGAAGCUGCGCGGUGAAACGCUCGAACAAGCGAUCAAGGAAGAUCUGGACGCGGGCCUGAUUCCGUUCUACGUGGUGGCGACGCUCGGCACCACCAACACGUGCGCGUUCGAUCGGCUGGACGAGAUUGGGCCCGUCGCCAACCAGUACAACGUGUGGGUGCACGUCGAUGCGGCGUACGCCGGGUCGGCCUUCAUCUGUCCCGAGUACCGGUACUUGAUGAAGGGCAUCGAGACGGCCGACUCGUUCAACUUCAACCCGCACAAGUGGAUGCUGGUCAACUUCGACUGCAGCGCCAUGUGGCUGAAGGAACCGUACUGGAUCGUGAACGCGUUCAACGUCGAUCCGCUCUACCUAAAGCACGAUAUGCAGGGCUCGGCGCCGGACUACCGCCACUGGCAGAUCCCGCUCGGUCGCCGGUUCCGUGCGCUGAAGCUGUGGUUCGUGCUGCGCCUGUACGGGGUGGACAAUCUGCAGGCCCACAUUCGGCGCCACUGCGGGUUCGCCAAGCAAUUCGAGGCGCUGUGCCGGGCGGACGACCGGUUCGAGAUCUUCGGCGAGGUGGCGAUGGGCCUGGCCUGCUUCCGGCUGAAGGGCACGAACGAGCUGAGCGAGGCGCUGCUGAAGCGCAUCAACGGGCGCGGCAACAUCCAUCUCGUCCCGUCCAAGGUGAACGAUGUGUACUUCCUGCGCAUGGCGGUGUGCUCGCGCUUCACCGAGCCGGCCGAUAUUGACUACUCGUGGAAGGAGGUGGCCGCGGCCGCCGACGAGCUGCUGGCCGAGCAGAAGAAGUAGAUUGUGCAUCAUCGCCCUCCUCAUCCUCAUGCAAACAAUCUACAUCGUUAAGUUUUGUGUUUUUUUUUUGUUGUGUACCGUCAAGUGAACAUUUAAUUUAUUAUUACAUGUGCAAGUCAACGAAAAACACGUUCACUGUGCGCGCGUAGCCGUUCGGCGCGCGCUCAGCAAGUAUUACAGGGACCAGGGGGAAUUUGGUACUGCGGGGAAGCUGGUGUACCCGUGUACCCAACUUAGGGACACAUUCGCGUGGCAAUCAUGUUGCAAUACCGGCAAACCAGGCAAUAAUGAGUAACGAUAACACAAUAACGCGUUAUGCGCGAUGAACCGUUUUAGCCAGAUGUUCGUAUAUGCUUAUUGGGCUCGUUGUUGUAUCGAUGUUCGAUGUUUAUAUAGUGAACCUGUUGGGCUGAUAAUAAAAUCUAAGGCAUACCACUUCA